AUGCUCCACUUCAUCCGAACUCUGUUUUCUGUGACUUUGGUUCUGGCCUUGACCGUGGGUGGAUACCCUAUCCAGAGUGCUCUGCUCCAAGACGGGCCCAUCAAAGGAUUAGGAAGAAGAUUCCACUCGAUCCGCCCCCACGCAUCCGCCCCACGGCCAUGGGUCAAGACCGCCCGAAGCUUGGUCCACAAAGCUCCUCGUGAUCUUCACACCGAAACACGAACGAGCCAACCAAUGCCCCGGAGUCCAAGGAGAGAUGUCGCCUCCUCGGGUCAGACAACUGGAUGGUCCAACCCGCGCCCAUGGGUCCGAAGAGAUGAAUUUAUCUCAUCAAUGAAGUGA